AAGCUCGGAGCUUUCGCUCGGUCCAGGCUAUCCCUCCGAGUCUUCUCUCUCUCUUCCUCUCUUUUUCACCAAAAGUAUCACCAAUACAACAUAUCCCCCCAAAUUCUCCCCUCUUUCCUCAAAAUCAAAUUCACCGUAAGGAGAAAGAGAGAGAGAGAGAGAGAGAGAGAAAGAGAGAGAGAGAGAGAGAGAGAGAGAGAGAAAGAGAGAGAGAGAGUACCUAUCUCUCGACAUGUCGAAGAAUUCGUUGACAGUAUGCGUUAUCGUAUUCGCGCCUCCAGAUCGUCGAGGAGAGAGGAUCGAUCCUCGUUCUUUCCUCCUCCGACCUUGAGGUUAGAGUUACGAGAGAGAGAAAGAAAAAAGAAAAGAGAAAGAGAAACAGACAGAAAGACAGACAGAGAGACAGAAAGAGAGACAAAGAUAGAGAGAGAGAGAGAGAGAGAGAGAGAGAGAGAAAGAGAGAGAAAAAGAGAGAUUAAGAAUAGAUGAACUUCAAAGAAGAAAACCUGGCGAACGUGUCAUCGAAUGUGAAUUUAUAGUGUUGUUGUGUUUCAAUGAUUUCUUUCCUUUUUUUUUCUCUUUGUUUCUUUCUUUUUUUUUUUUUUUUUUUUUUUUUUUUUCUAAUCGUGAUUUAGAAUGUCUUCGGAUUGAAAUGAUAAAUGUGUGAGAUCCUCGAUGAACGAUCGAUAUUGCAACGAUAUAGAAAUAACGCGGGAAAUUUAUCAUUGAGAAACAAUAUAGUGACAAUCUAUCGACGAUUAUUAGAAUAAUCUUUUGAAUUGUUUAAUUAUAUUCAAUAGAAUCUAAUGGGUUUUCUUAAAAUGAGAUAAUACGAAAGUUAGAGAUUUUUUUCUACAUCUUUCAAGCCAACAGGAAAAAGUAAGAAAAUGAUCGAUGAUGACGAUGAAAGGGAAUAUUCUCUACGAUACGAGCAAAACCGAGAGGAUAUAUGGACCAAAACACGUGCUGGAAGAAUGCGAUGCAGGCGUGCGAAAAACUUGUCAUUAAAAUUGACGAAAUGUUUUAUCGCACAAAUUUAUCACGAUUUGAUCUCUCCUAAAUAAUAAUAUUAAUAAUAAUAAUAAUAAUAAUAAUAAUAAUAAUAAUAAUAAUAAUAAUAAUAAUAAUAAUAAUAAUAAUAUUAAUAAUAGUAACGGUGAUAUGUGUUAAAAACAAUUAAUAACUUCGAGGAAUGUGAUUGCAGAUGUGAUUUUACCGGUAAAAUUGAAAAUAAAGUCGAUUAAAGUAGAGUUCCUAAAGCAAUAGUAAAUGAACUUCUAUGUAAAAGCGUGUACUGUUUGUUUUACUGUGCGUGUGCGUGUGUCCGUGUUUAUCACUGUGUAAUUUUACACGAGUCGAUUUAAUCGAAGAUCCUUCGAAACGAACACGAACGAUGCGGUGUAACUGUAACGAGGUGGUUGCAGGUUUGAAAAUCAAGAAAUAUAUGGUAACAAAGAGUCGACCAAAAUAUUGGAUCGAUAUCUCCCUGAAAACGUUGAACUUUCCGUCGUUAAUAUAAUCGUGAAAAUUUUGUUAAAAUAUAAAAAGAAAUCUCUAAUGAAAGACGGAUCAACGAGGUACAGGUGAGAUGGAGACUGAAGACGAAAUGGAAGAGGAAUUGUCGGAAGCAACGGGAAUGGAGGUAAAUCAUAACAACAAUCUUGGGAACUUUGAAACUAUGAGGAUCUCUUCGAGAACAUCGGAAAGGGGUGAUGAAAGUAACGAUCAUUUGGAAAUAAAUCUUCAAGUGAAUACGAAGAACGAUAGAGAGGAAUCAAAAUUAUCUUUAAGUACAAGUAUGAAGACUGAUAUAAAGGAGUGCGAGAGGAGGCUCUGUAGGACCAAAAGGAUCUCUUGUCAGCAGGACACAAUACACGAAUACGACGAGGACGAUGGCCUGACAAUGGACAGGGUUGGAAGAUACAUGGAGGCUCAUCCAAACGUAGUUGAGACUUGGCUAUACGAAAAGGCAAGUUUGGAAUUACGACAACGAUUGCAAACGCCAAGAUUGGAACGUACAAAGUCAAUAACUUCAACUUCUUGUCAAGACCAGGAAGGUAUUUUGAAUCGACCGAAACGUAACAGCGUCACUUCCGAUCUCUUUCAAACGUGGCUAUCGACGAGUUCACCGGCUAAACGUAGCAGAAGUCCAAGCAGGGCUUCUAUAUCGUUAAUGGGUCGCCGAGAGGAACUCAAUAGACUGGACGAAAGCGACCUAUUUAUGGAACUCAUAAGGGACGUAGCGAACGAGCUGGAUAUUAACGUACUUUGCCACAAAAUUUUGGUCAACGUUGGAAUACUUACUUAUGCUGAUCGAGGAAGUCUCUUUCUUGCAAAAGGUCCACUCGAGGAUAGAUACUUGGUUGCUAAACUUUUUGACGUUACUCAGGAUACAGAACUUGAGGAAGCUGUUCAACGUGCGAAAAAUGAAGAGAUAAAGAUACCUUUCGGCGUGGGUAUCGCCGGUUACGUAGCUGAAACGAAGGAGAUAAUCAACAUAAAGGAUGCUUAUAAGGAUCCACGAUUCAAUAGUGCCAUCGACAUGCGUACAGGUUACAAGACAACGCUUAUCCUAUCGAUGCCUAUUUGUAAUUACGAGGGAGACGUUAUUGGAGUCGCACAGAUCAUCAACAAGACCAAUGGAAGCAACGAGUUUACUGAAAGAGACGUGGAAGUAUUUCAAAGAUAUUUAACCUUCUGUGGAAUUGGGAUUCAAAAUGCACAACUAUUUGAGUUAUCCGUGCAGGAAUAUAGGAGGAACCAAAUUUUACUUAAUCUCGCGAGGAAUAUAUUCGAAGAGCAAAACAAUCUUGAAUGUUUGGUAACGAAGAUUAUGACGGAAGCAAAAGAGUUGCUGAAGUGCGAAAGAUGUGCGGUUUAUUUGCUCGAUCUGGAUUGCGGCGAGGCGGGUCAUCUCGAAAAGAUCGUCGAGCGACCCAGUAAAUCGAUUCAAGAAAACAGAAAACCAUUGUCCAGGAGAGAGAGCAAUAACAUCGAUAUGGAGGAUAUCUUUCAGCAGCACAGUUCGAUCGAAAGCAGUAAGUUCACUAUGAUCUUCGAAAUGGAUAACGAAACCCAAGAGGCACGGGUGUAUCGACCAAGUACCAAUGAUCUUUCCAGUCCAUUGGGUCAAAUCGCAAGAUACGUCGCAGCUACUGGACAAAUUCUCAACAUAGGUGAUGUUACAAGUUGGUUGAAGAAAGAUGUUGUGGAAACUGAGAAGGAAUCAACAAGAAGUAUCCUCUGUAUGCCGAUUGCUAAUGGUCAAAGAACUGUGAUAGGUGUUGCCCAAUUAAUUAAUAAGGACAAUGGUACAUCCUUCACCGAUUCCGACGUCUCCAUUUUCGAAGCAUUUGCCAUAUUUUGUGGUCUUGGUAUACACAACACACAAAUGUACGAAUCAGCUUGCAAACUGAUGGCAAAGCAAAAGGUCGCUUUGGAAUGUCUUAGUUAUCACGCGACGGCCAACAAUGACGACGCUUUGAAGUUAACCUCUGACUCUAUUCCAUCUGCUGAAAAGUUCAAUCUUUACAGCUUCACCUUUACGGAUUUUGAUUUAACAGACGACGACACGUGCAGAGCAACCAUAAGAAUGUUCAAACAGUGCAAUCUUAUUCAUAAAUUUCACAUCCCUUAUGAUAUCCUUUGCAGGUGGAUUUUAAGCGUGAAGAAAAAUUACAGGCCAGUGAAAUAUCACAACUGGCGACACGCAUUAAACGUAGCACAAACUAUGUUUGCAAUGCUGAAAACAGGUAGAAUGGAACAAUUCAUGACCGACCUUGAGAUUCUCGGACUACUGGUAGCUUGUCUUUGUCAUGAUCUUGAUCAUCGUGGUACGAACAAUGCAUUCCAAACGAAAACGGAAUCACCACUUGCCAUUUUGUACUCUACAAGUACUAUGGAACAUCAUCAUUUCGAUCAAUGUGUCAUGAUAUUAAACUCGGAUAGCAAUAACAUCUUUCAAAAUCUUUCUAUGGAAGAUUAUAGGAGAGUUAUGAAGGUGGUCGAAAGUGCUAUACUUUCGACGGAUCUAGCGAUGUAUUUUAAGAAAAAGAAUAGUUUCAUGGAGCUGAUCGACGAUGUGUUAUGCGGAAUGAUGAUGACAGCAUGUGAUGUUAGCGCGAUAGCAAAACCUUGGGAAGUUCAACAUAGAGUAGCAAAAUUGGUGGCCGAUGAAUUUUUCGAUCAGGGUGAUUUGGAACGAUUGCAAUUGAAUCAACAACCGGUAGCGAUGAUGGAUAGAGAGAGAAGAGACGAAUUGCCGCAGAUGCAAGUUGGUUUUAUCGACGAGAUAUGUAUGCCGUUAUACAAAGUUAUGGCAGAAACGUUUCCAUGGAUUAUGCCACUUUACGAAGGUACCAAGGAGAAUAGAAGACAUUGGCAGGAUUUAGCGGAAAAAGUUGAAAUGGGAUUGACUUGGAUAGAUCGCGAUACCAUCGAAGAACCAGUCGAAGAGUUUGUUUCUUACGAGCCAAGGGAUAUCGAGUUCACUGUAACGACCUUGAACUGUACUCAUCCCGAUAGAAAGGAUCAAGUUCAAGAAAAAUCAGCAUUAGCUAGAUUCACCUCGUUUAGGAAAGGAGGUCGUACAUUGAGCAAAGGUGUCAGACAACGUCUAAGUAAAUCGCUUUACGUAAAGACUACUUCUGAGGACACUAGUAAAACAAAAGUAUUGAUUUCUGAAAGGAAAAGUCGUAAUAAACUUUGUCUUCUCAUUUGACGGCUCACGACUACUACUCUCGAGAGUAUACCAGAAUGAUGUUUGUCCUUCUUAAAAAAAAAAAAAAAAAAAAAAAAAAAAAGAAAAAAAAAAAGAAAAAAAAUUUAAAAAAAAAUAAAAUAAAAAAUAAAAGAAAAAAAGAAAAAGAAAAAAAAAGGGGAAAAAAAAGAAAAACAAACAAAACAGAAGAAGAAAAAAAAUCCAACGUCGUUCGUUCUUACGUCGAACGAUCGAUGGAUCAUCGAACGACAAAGCAACCGAUACGAUGUGAUUUCGUUCUAACAAUUCCAACGAGACGGACUACUUUUACUCCGUGAGUUUAAAAUAUCAGAAUCAAAAUAGAAUAGAAUCGGGAACGAUCGGAAAUUCGAUUUGGACGGUCGAACGUUAUCUAUUAAACACCGUCGUCGUAUCCUACCCAUACCUACCCCAUCCCUCUUCUUAGCCCGCCCAAUAUCAUUGAUUUUUUGUGCUGAAAUGUGUGAAACUUUCUAUAAAAUGAUUAAUAUAAGAAAAACUGCUGGACUUGUAUUUCUCUUUUUCAAAAUGGAUACGUCGUACAGAAAGAGAAAGAGAGAGAGAGUGAAAAAAAACAAAUAAAAAAAAGAAAGACAGUACAUUUGUAGAAACUAGAAAUUAUACUUAGUCGAGAUAUGACUAGGUAUAUACAUAUAUCUAUAUAUUACAUUCAUACAUAGAUACAUACAUACAUACAUAUACACACACACACAUACAGAUACACAUACACACACACACACACACACGUGCGUAUAUAAUUAUGAAAAUGUAUGGUCGAUGAGAUACGUCUACAUAUCGGUCUAUAUCUCGAUAUGUAACAUGAACGAAAAGACGUAAGAGCAUAUUUCCAUUCGAUUUUGACAAUCUUUUUGUAUUAUAUCUCGAUAUUCUUACUAAGCUCUAUCUAGUCGAACGAGGGAAGUUAAAGUAAUCGGUAACGACUUGCAAAUGGGACAAGGGAAGAGAUUAACUGUGUAUGUAUUUGUAUACAUUCUCUGUGUGUGUUUUUUGAUCUUGGAUAAAUUGAAAAAUACUACUUUUAGUAAUGACGACAUAGAGUACGAAGUCUAUCGAUUAUUCCGAAUAUUUCAAUUUUGCUAUAUAAUAUUGUCGAUCGUGAUCGAGAAAUCGUGAGACAGAUGUAAAUUUCAUUUCUCUUUCUCCCACGCUCCACUCCACCCCUCGGCCCCAUUAUUCCCUGUUAUUUCCCUAUUUCUAUUUACGUACUUCCCAUUGUUAUGCGUUUCCUUGUUUGUCGAUAUAAAAAGAAAAAAAAAAAAAAAAAAUAAUGGAAAGGGAAAUGGAAAUAAAAAUUAAAUAAAAAUAAAUAUAAAUUCGUAAUGUCGGAAAAGAAAUCGGAAUCUUUUAACACAAUUAACGGUACUUUCGUUUACGCGAUUUCCACAAAAAAAAAAAAAAAUAUGAAAAAAAAGGAAAUUAAAAAAGAGAUAAAAAGAAGGAGAGAGAAAGAUAUAUAUAUAUAUAAAGAGAAAUCAGUGUCAAUCAAUCGUCCACAUUUGACUAUUAAUUCUUAUCGAAAAAAAAAUAAGAAAAGAAAAAAUGCAUACACACUUGCAUCGUUCAUAUCCGAUGCAACGAAAAAAAUUUCAUAGGGAUGACCUUCACACAAGAUUGAUUUUUAGUCUUUUUGAUAAACAUAACUGCGACAUUAUAACUAUUCAGACACGUUGUUACACGCGAAUAAUUAAUAAAAAAAAAGAUAUAUACAUAAGAUGUAUAUUUUAGCGAGUAUACAUAUAUGUAUGUACCUACAUAAAUACAUAUACAGAGGGUCGAGAAUUAAAUCAACCAACGUAAAAAUAUAUAUUGAAAUUUUGAUCGAAACGCUUCCAUUUUCAUUUUAAAAAGGCACGGCGGUACCUGUUGUUUCCUCACAUUCGUAUCCAAUCGAUUAAUAUGAGACACCCUAUAUAGAGAGAUAGAAGAAGAUAGAGAGAAAGAUAGAGAGAAAGAGAGAGAGAGAGAAGGGGGAUAGAAACGAAAGGAUAAAAAAGAAUAGCACUCGAAACAAUAUCGAUCGUUUUAUCGUACACACACAAGGUCCGAUAUUAGAAAUUCUUACAAAAAACAAAAAAACAAAAAAAAAAAAGAAGUUUUUCACGAUAUUUUUUUUUUUUGUUUUUUUUUUAUUAAAACAUUUAGAAAU